AAAAAGUCAAGUCAGAGACUGAUGUACACUGGAAGAAGAUAUCCACAGGAGAAAAAUAAUGGGGUUUCUGUUCUUUAGUUAUGCUAUUUUUCUCUUGUCUUCUGUGCUGUAUUCACUCUUUGGAUUUUCUUCAGUCCUGAGCCAGGACCUGAGAGAGAGAGACGCACUUUGUAAUGCAGAAGGCUGCUUUGUGAUUUACUUUGAACGUAAAAUCUUCCUAGACUCAUGGAGGUCCUGCAAAGAGAAAGGUGGAAAUUUGGUUACCAUCAAGCGCAAAGAGGAGGCCAACGCUAUUGCCACCCUUUUCUCCACUGUGGACUUGCGGUCGUCACGUACCAAGGUCAAAGUCUGGAUUGGCUUGCAACGUCAGCCUCGUCAGUGCAACGCAAAUUCACUGAGGGGUUUCUCUUGGACAACUGGCGAUCAAGACACAGAGUAUACCAACUGGCAAACAGAGGACUCUCCUGAUAUGUGUUUGGUUUCUCUCUGCGUGUCUUUUGACUACGACUCACUACAACACAGUGAUAACUUCAAAUGGAUUCAUGGUCCAUGCUCUGUCCCUGCUGAUGGAUAUCUUUGCCACUUUGCUUACAACGGAAUGUGUUCGCCCUUGUCAAGUGAGGGUUCGGGAGUUGUCCUUUACACGACACCUUUUAACCUGCUGAGCACAACCUUAACCCAUCUACCAGUCGGAUCUGUUGCUAAUUUACAAUGCCUUACAAAUGCCAAUCAGAAAGUUCAGUGUGUGCAGAGGACAAAUGAUGGUUCAGUAGGAUGGUCUCCUGAACCACCUUUUUGCUCAAAUCCCUCAAUUUCACACCAGUUGUGUGAGCGAGAUAACGGUGGAUGUGAACAUUUCUGCACACAAGCCGGCGGUCUGAUUUCCUGUGACUGUGCAAAAGGUUUUCAUCUCAGAUAUGACGGACAGACCUGCGAGCCUGAUGUUUGUCAAGGAGCCCCCUGUGAAUCUGAGUGCUUGCCUCUUUCAGACGGCUACCGCUGUGCCUGCCCUGAUGGAUACAUGCUUGCACCAGAUGAACAUGCUUGUCUAGACGUGGAUGAGUGUCUUCAGGCUCCUUGUCAGCAGAGAUGUACAAAUUCGCCCGGGACAUUUGAAUGUCAGUGUCUGGAGGGUUAUGUCGUCAAUGAAAUGGGGGACUGUGAGGAUAUAGAUGAGUGCUUGGAUAACGUAUGCCAACAUGCUUGUGAAAACAUACCAGGCUCCUAUACCUGCCACUGUCUUCUGGGUUUUUCAGUUGAUAGAGAAGACCCCACACAAUGCUUAGAUGAUGAUGAGUGUCAGAUUCCUGGGAUGUGUGAGCAGAUGUGUGUGAAUUAUGUGGGAGGUUUUCAGUGCUUCUGUAAGGAUGGCUAUGAACUUUCGUCUGAUCAAUCAACAUGUCAGAAAAUAAGGAACAAUCAGGUUAGAUCUACCCCUCUCCCCUUUCCUCAUGUUGGACAGAUUGAACUUGGAUGGAAUCCUGUUUUGUCCCCCUGGAGCCCAGAGCCAACCACCGAUCACUGGCCAGAAAAUCAGGAGCAACCUCUGGACUGGCUGACCAGUCCAUCAACAGUCUCCAAACCUGAGGAAAUGUGGGACACCAGUGCCUCCCAGGACAAACCCAGGACUAGCUUAAGCGCUGUGGAUGACUUGUAUGAAAAUGAUGAACAGGAAACUACUACAACUAUACCAUCCCUUCCCACAUCUACAAUCUCAGAAGGAGCUUGGAAUUGGUGGCCAUCGUUUUCUUCUUCCACUCAAAGUUUGGACAAUCCACAUACAGCUUCAGACAUAAAAAAAGAAGCAGAGCAGGAAAAGUUCUCUCCACGUGAUCACCCCCAGCUCCCUGGGCAGGAGGCUGGGAAGGAGGGAAAGAAUUAUGAGGAAAUUACACACUCUCCAGACCCUGCCGUUCCCACACUGAAGCCACUCCCCCCAUUCCUGAAUGGGGGUGGUGGAGAUGGGGACAAUCUGGAUUCUGUCCAAGAUGACAGGGAGCAUAAACAGAGCAACACUGGGCUCCUGGUCGGCCUGCUUGUGCCCAUCUGCAUCUUCAUCGUGGUGAUGGUGGCACUGAGUAUUUUCUACUGCACUCAUUGUGGCGUAAAGCCAAGAAACAAGAAUGCCACUGGCACCGAGUGCUACCACUGGAUAUCUGGUGCGCAUGACAAACAGGGGGCACCUGGCCCCCCAGGGGACAAGGCCACCGUUUAGAUCAUGAAGACAGAAACUGAGAUUUAAACCGAGAGACAAGUAGUCAUAGACAAUGAAAACCAAGUGGUUGAACAUUUUAAGUCUGUGACUGUGGAAAUGAAAACUUUUUGAUUCUAUUGCUUUACUUAAAAACAUAUGAUGAAGUAACAAAAACAGUGACAGUGUUUAGUACAUUUCUGAUUGCCAAAACAGUGAGACGUAUUAGGAUUUCAAAAGAUAAUUAAGAACAUUUCUAUUAUAACAACUUUUUUUAUUAUUAUAAUUUAAAUGGGACAGUUCAUAUUAAUGCAGUCGGAAAACCUAUUUUAAGAUCCUUACAUCAAAAAAAUAUAUAUUUUUUAAUAUUUACAAAACUGUCACGAGGUAACUAAAACAACAUUUCUUUUUGCAUUUUAAUACAAGCACUUAUAAGCGCUGAGAUCUGAAAAUAGUGACUUAGUAUUAUUUUAUCUUUCUGAGAUGCUUGACUUUGCUUGAAUUUCUUUCAGUAUAUGUUUAUUUCAAAUCGGUAUCAAAGACACUGUAAACACUUACAGAAGGAUAUUUUUCAUAUGAAGAGCACUUCUUGUUUUGACUUUAAGAUGACAAUGUUUCAAUGGGGUGAUAUGAUACUUGUACUUUACCAUUUUUAAGAUUUUGUCAUUUUGAUUCCUUUUUACGAUAGUUAUUUUGUGAAACUUUGAAAUAACUGCAGCUGUACGCAAUUUUUUUAAGUGCAGUUUUUUAAUGUUGCUGUACAUGUUCUGUAACAUAAAGAUCACUGUAGAGGUAAAUAUCAUUCUAAAAUUA